GGCCCGCUAGGAUUAUUUUUUACUCAAUGAUGCAAGAGGCGGAAGUCACUUCAUUAAAUGACACAUGUCAACAGACGUUUACUUUCACUUUACGUUUAUAAAGUUUAAUCAGAAAAUAACCGAAAACUUUAACCUGCAAAGAUGCUGAUUGUUGGAACUAUAUUUCUUAUGUUACCUCCGACAGUUUUUGUUCUGUACAUCCUGUUGAAUUAUUUUGUGGCUGGAAAAAGAAGUGUAUGCAUAGUCGUUUUGGGAGACAUUGGCAGAAGUCCUAGGAUGCAGUACCAUGCAAUGUCAUUUCUUAAAUGUGGUUUUAAUGUGGAUAUAGUUGGAUAUGGGGGGUCAGAGAUUCAAGCUGACUUAAAGAAUAAUGAAAAGGUGGAUAUUCACAACCUUUUGGAAGUACCCGGCAUUUUCAAAGGAUUUCCUAAAUUAUUACUGUAUGGUAUCAAAGUCAUAUGGCAGUCUGUAACACUUGGUUUGUCGUUGCUUUUGCUGCCCAAAUCUGGAUAUAUACUCAUACAGAAUCCACCAUGUAUACCAGUGUUUCUGGUUGUGUGGGUAGUGAGCUGGUUGCGUGGCAGCAGGAUGGUCAUCGACUGGCACAACUAUGGCUACACAAUAAUGGCCAUGUCUCUAGGUCACACAAACCCAUUGGUCAAGUUCGCUAAAUGGUAUGAACAUUUCUUCGGAAGAUUUUCGUCACAGAACAUUUGUGUUACCAAGGCAAUGCAGAAGGAUCUUCAGGACAAUUGGGGAAUAAGAGCAACAGUUAUGUAUGACAGACCAGCUCAUAUUUUCAAGGAGACAGCAUUGAACGAUCGCCAUAAACUGUUCACUAGAUUAGCUGAAGAAUAUGAUGUGUUUAGACCAAAGAGUGGCACAGUAAGUUCAGAUGAGACAGCUUUCACAGUAACCAAUGGCAACGGAGAUGCAUAUUAUUUACAGAGUCGUCCAGCAAUGGUCAUCAGUAGCACAAGUUGGACAGAGGAUGAAGAUUUUGGGGUUUUAUUAGCUGCACUUGAAGCAUAUGAGAAGCAAGUUUCGACAAAAUCUGCAGAUUUACCAAAUAUAGUCUGCAUUAUUACAGGUAAAGGGCCUUUAAAGGAAUUUUACAGAGAAAAGAUAGAAUCACAACAUUGGAAUCAUGUUUCAUUUUGUUUACCUUGGCUUACACCAGAAGAUUAUCCACUAUUAUUAGGGAGUGCAGAUCUUGGUAUAUGUCUACAUAAGUCAUCCAGUGGCCUUGACCUUCCUAUGAAAGUUGUUGAUAUGUUUGGUUGUUGUCUGCCUGUUUGUGCUAUUCAUUUUAACUGUAUAAAGGAGUUAGUGAAACAUGAAGAGAAUGGUCUAAUAUUCAAGGACAGUAAAGAAUUAUUUAAUAAUAUACAAACAUUACUCAAAGGAUUUCCAAACAACAGCAAAAAACUUGACCAAUUUAGGAAAAAUUUGACUGGUUUUCAAUCUUCAAGAUGGCAUGAGUGCUGGACUAAAAUUGUUUUACCAAUAUUUGACGACCAUUCUGGAAAUGCAGCAGACGACAAGAAAUCUCAGUGAUAUUUUUAGUGACAAAAAAUAGUGUUGAUCUGUGUUUUCUGGAGUAUUUAUUUUUUUCAGGG